AUGAUCCCCGACGAUUUGAUCCCUGAAAUCCUCACAAGACUUCCCUCGAAAUCCCUAAUGCGAUUCAACCUCCGUAGAGACGGUGGUAAUGAUAUUCUUCCAGAUUACACCUUUGAUUGCGAUAAUAAGGAGGGAAUAUCAUUAACAAAUUUCACCGGCAAUAAUUAUUCGUCCUCUCUUAUCAAUUCGUUGCUUGUCACUUGGGUUUCAAUCCCAUCAACAAAAAGUACAAAUUACUCAAGAUAUGUGGCAAUUCUCACCAUUGGGGUCGAUUCUUCAUGA